CCCUCCAAAGCUCCUCCCACCUCCAAUCCAAAGAAAAAGAAAAGAAAUGCUCGCUCCUCCCACCCGAAAACAAGAAAAGAAAAAAGCAGGCCUCGGCGACUACCUCCUCGGCCCAGGCCUCCUCCCUCCCAAAACGGCAACUCGCCAAGAACACCGCCGCGGCGCAUUCAGCACGAGAGGAGCGAGCCGCCCUUUCCCCCACCGGCGUGCCAAGAACUUCCUUCUGAUUCCUCGACCGGCCAAGAAUCGACGGUACUGGAGGCAUGCCACCGACGGGGAGGAAGCAUUGGUGCAAGCACUGCAAGAAGAGCUUCCCUUCUGGGAUGUCCCUUGGAGGCCACAUGGCGGUCCAUAGGAACAGGCGCAAGAAACAGAGGAGCGGCACUACAAGCACUGACAGCGUCGGCGAGAGAUAUGGUCUCCGGGAGAGGUGCCUGAAGUCUUCGUGCCUGGCAGAUUCCACUUCCAGUGACGAUGAUCCUUGGGCAUUGUUCCCCAAGACUGAAUGCCAGCUAUGCUUCAAGUCUUUUGCCUCCCGUGAUGCCCUGUCGAUACACAUGAGGGUACACAUGCGCCGUAGGAACAAGAUGGUUGUGGAGCGCAACGUAUCGUUAGGUGAUGGUGAUCCAAAUGCUGCUGUAUUUGCUGCUCCAGUGAGAAAGAAGAGGUCAAAGAGGAUUGCUCUGGACACAGUUCCUGCCGCAGCGAUGAAGACCGACGGGAUAGAGGAGGUCGAUGCCGCACACAUUCUUGUGAUGCUUUCAGGAGAUCAUGGCAUGUGCUCAGAUUUUGCGAAUUGCGAUGAAGACUUUGAGAUGGAUGGCAACGUGCCGUAUGAUCCACCGAUGAUGGAGCUGAGUUCUUCUGAUCAUCACGGCCUUACCGGAGAAGACAAUGAGCUGAUGGAGCCAGAAACUUCUACUGGCUCUUAUGAGGAAGUGAAGUUUCUCAGUCUUUCAGAGGUCUUCAAGGCAACAACAAGAUAUGAGUGCAAGCUGUGUGGAAAGGUCUGCGCGUCUGCUAGGUCAUUAGGAGGCCACAUGAAGGGUCACAGAGGUAUUCGCAAAUCUGCAGCGAGUCAACCUCGUAAACAGCUGCUUGAACAGGAUCGAAAGUUGUUUGUUCUCAGCCAUGCAGCUCCCAGUAUAUGGAAUUACAGAAGAGCAAGAACAAAGUCUGAACUAGAUCCAUCGUGGGUGGAAAGCAGCCUCCCGGGUGAAGGAAUGCUAGGUGUUGUCUGAAAUUGGUUACAGUUUCUUCACGGGUCAUGUGGCUAAACCACACUUGUUCUAGUAAUUGAUAGCUGAAGAGUAUGAAACUGGGAAUGAUGUCUCCUCAAUCAUUAUGCACAAUUCUGUCCUUCGGAAUGGUCAGUGUUGGUACAUGUUCCACUGCCUUUUUUUGGUUUUCAAACAUUGAAAUGUAGUCACUGACUAUCAGUGCAUUAGUGGCACUGCCUUUUUUGGUUCUCGAACAUUGGUAUGUAGUUUCUGACAAGAAGCACAAUAGUCCUAGAUUUAGCUAUUCCCUAGUAGAGAGCAGUGUUGUCCAUGUUGCAGAAAUUAUUCAUUUAUUUUUGCCUCCAA